UUCAGUGUUAGAUCUUAUCUCCUUACAAAAUUAUGAAUAAUUAUCACCAAAACUGGUAGGGAUCACAAGGAAUAAUCAACAUUUCUUCUCAGAAUUACGGUAUACGAUACGUGCUGUUGAACGUCCGUUCAAAAUGAAGAAGGUAACGGGUAAAUAUGGUUACUCAUUUGUGAACACACAAGCACAAUAUCAAGAAAGUGCAAAAGGGAUCGGCGAAGAAAAAUCCCCGAGCAGCAACGGCGAAUUUCAAACGGGAUUCAUGUGAAGACAACAGCAACAGUAUAGAAGCUCUGUACUAGAAGUAAAUGUGAAUCACUAAAAAAAUAUCACAAAUUGGACCACACAUUAUCUGCACUCCACAUUGCUCAACAUCGCGGUAUAUAAGUCCAUCGUUAUGAAAUCGACCACAGUUCGCGCUCAGUUCAUCUCAACCCAGAUUGCAACAAUGUUGGUCGGAAUUCUACUCGUGGUUUUUGCUCUGAAUUGUGAACCCACACAGGCUGCCGACAAUCGGGAGAGUUCAUCCGUCGCGAAAAGUUUCUUCGGAAGUGACAUUCCACCCAGUUAUUUUUCCAGAGUGAAUCUAAGUGAUUGCCAUGAUCGGUUUCACACUCGGCCAAUAAAGGAAUGGUGUACAAUAUACAACGGCGUCCGGGUGAAUGCUACCGAAUUCCCACAUAUGGCAGUGAUCGGUUGGCCAGAUGGUGAUGAAAACAUUAAGUGGAAAUGUGGUGGAUCGUUAAUUACGAAGAAAUUUGUGCUCACCGCGGCACACUGUGCGGUUGACGAGAUCAACCAAGCUCCAUCCGUGGUUCGAUUGGGGGAUGUUGAUUUGAUUUCCAACGUGGAUGAUGUAUAUGCUCAACAGUUCAGUAUCGUUGAAUUUAUCCGACAUCCGAAGCACCGUUUUUCAUCCAAAUACAACGAUCUUGCGCUUAUUGAGCUAGAGAAAGAAAUUGUCUUAUCACCUGGUGUGUGCCCUGCCUGUAUCUGGCAUGGAGAUAUUUUUCCAUAUGACUCGUUCGAUGUGGCCGGCUUCGGAGCUACAGGUUAUGUUGAACCGGGUAGCCCUUACCUUCUUAAGGCAUUCCUGAAAGCCGAACCCAGAGAAACCUGCAUCGAUGCGUUCAACACAACUCGUGGUUUGGCGAAUGGGAUCUUGGACGAGCAACUCUGUGCGUCCAACACGAAUAUGGACACCUGCCAAGGUGACUCGGGAGGACCACUGCAAACUACACUGUACACUUUCAGACGAAAGGUAGCGUUUUUACUGGCCAUAACUGCAUUCGGGAAACCUUGUGGAAUGGGAUCUUCUGGGGUAUACCAGAAAAUCUACCCACAUAUCGAGUGGAUUCGCUCAAUUGUCAAUGAAACGCUGGAUCCACUCGAGUGCGCCAAAAAAUAUGAAAUGUUCUUGAGCGUGAAUCAAAUCGAACCGCCGUGUGCAGCUGGCGACCCAUACGAGAGUAGGGUGGAACUGAUUUGGAAAAACAAUUCCGCAGCACCCAAAUGCAGCGGCACUCUCAUUGACUACAACACGGUCUUGACCACAGCAAGUUGUACUUUUAACUCCAAAGGAGAGGAGCCUUCCCAGGUACACAUAUUGACUGAGAAGAUUCAAAUCACAAACGUGCAACGUCAUCCGGAGUAUAAGCUAGGAUCUUUCCAAAAUGAUCUGGCAUUAUUAAGAUUAGGACUGUACCUUAAAAACAAUUCUGUUGUGGCUCCUGUUUGUUUGGAGGAAAAUAAGGAAAAUGUUGGAAUUAGCUCACUAUUCAUUGCUAGGAAUGCAAGUGGAGCCAUGUCACAUAUACACAUGAGCGCGAAACAACGAUGCAGCGAAAAAACCCGCUCUAUGUUCAACAUUAGUGAACUACUCAACGAAAACUACGAAUGUUGGAGUACCGAUUACCAUAUGGUUCCAGGAAUUUGUGCAAUAGACCAGGGUGGCGCUUUUCUAGAUCCUGAUCAUAAAGUAUUACAUGGUAUCAAUAUCUACGCAAAAGACUGUGGUUCUUAUAACCCCUUGAUCACACUGAAGCCGAAUCGUUACACAGACUGGAUUGAAGCUUUCGUGUUGGACAGAUCAGUCAUUCCAGAGAAACCUAUUGUGUUCCCAGAAGAAAACAAUUCCACACUCAUGUUCACACCCUGCACAACGAAAGCCGGAGUUCAGGGCAAAUGUCUGAGCGCAUUCACUUGUGGGCUCGAGAUAGAGAAGCUUAACCGAGAUAAAAUUGGUGUAACUUUAUGUGGGUUUGAAGACGAUAUCGCCUACUUCUGUUGUCCCAAUGACAGUAUCGGCACGUUCCGUCCCAUCAAGCAACCUCUGCUUUUGCAGUUGAUACCUGCUCAACUCAAACCUUGAGGAAUAUCGUGCGAAAUAUACAUUCCAUGUGUUUGUUUGUUUUCGGUUAACUGCGCUUGACAAGAUUUAUUGUGAAACCGCUCCAACUUAAAUCCUUUAAAAAUGCUGUCCAAGAGUUUAAAAAAUACUAGCUGUUAGCAUCCCUACUUUUAAAUAAAUAUAUUAAGUAAAGAGUACACUCCAAAUACAAAAAAAUAUGGGUAGGUUAUACCUAUUAUAUAACCGCAA